CGGCCCCUCAGGGAAGCCCCACAUCAAGGCCAAUGCCCGCUGGAUCGCAUUCAGCACAGACCUGGCAGGGGUGCUGGGAGCUGUGGCCCUGGAGAGCCCAAAGGGGAGCAAGAGAGCUGUCUCCCAUCUGCGCUGCCAUUCAGGUGUGGUGACAGACUUUGACUUCUCCCCCUUUGACCAGCAGCUGCUGGCCACCGGAGCAGCAGACGAAGCCGUGAAGGUGUGGCGUCUCCUUGAACCUGGCCAAGACCUCUCGUCUUCCCCCCAUGUGACGCUGGGGCCAGAGGGGAGCCGGGUGGAGGUGCUCCUCUUUCACCCCACGGCGGACGGGGUCCUGGCCAGUGCGGCCGGGAAGGCGGUGGCGAUUUGGGAUGUGGAGCAGCAGCAGAUCCUUACUGACUGUCCUGGCGCACAGGGGCGGCAGGGAGGUCCGGCUGCUGUGGGUGAACGCGGACGGCUGCUUCCUCUCCGUGGGCUCCAAUCAGAUGAUGGAGCGGGAGGUGUGCCUCUGGGACAGCCGCCGGUUGAACUGCUCCCUGACCUCCGUCACACUGGACGCCUCUCCCAAGCCUCUGAUCCCGCUCUUUGACCUCAGCUCCGGCCUCCUAGUUCUGGCUGGGAAGGGAGAGAAGGGGCUUUUCUGCUAUGAGGUGCAGCCUGCGCAGCCGGCCGUGGUGGAAGUUCACCAGAGCUUUCUGGAGACCCGGACUCAAGGGGCGGCUCAGGUGCCCAGGCUGGCCCUGGACGUCACAGCCUGCGAAGUGAUGAGGGUCUUGCAGCUGAGCGACUCGGCCGUUGUGCCCAUCAGCUACCUGGUGCCCAGGAAGGCCACACAUGAGUUCCACAAAGACUUAUUUCCAGACUGUCCCGGAAACGUCCCGGCAGCAUCUGCUCAGGCCUGGUGGGCUGGGGACAAUACGCAGGUGGAGCUGGUGAGCCUUGAUCCUGCCCACAGGGCCAGCCCUGGCUUCCUCUCCCCCUGCCUGCCUCGCCUUGACCAAGACAGCCAGCACCCGCCCUCCGCCCACGUGGAGGCAGGGGAUCAGGCCAAGCAUCCGGACCACAGUGUGGGCAGCAGCCUGUCCUCUCCUGGCAGUUCCUUGGCAUCUCCAUCCAGCGUUGCCCCAUCUCUCCCUGCCACCAGUGGCUUUUCCUCCAGCCCAAGCCAGCGGUCCCUGCAGAAUAUUCUGGGCCCGAGUUCUGCCUUCCGGCACAUCGAGGGGGUCGUCUUGCCUCGCACCACCCACAUCACCAACCUGCGAGGCUUGAGCCUCACCACUCCAGGGGAGUGUGAUGGCUUUUGCGCCAACCAGCAUCGCAUCGCCAUCCCACUGCUUGCCACAGGUGGACAGGUGGCCAUUUUGGAGCUCUCCCAGCCAGGGCGACUCCCUGACACCCCCAUGCCCACCAUCCAGAAUGGGGCACCUAUCUCGGAUCUGUGCUGGGAUCCCUUUGAUGAGCAACGCCUGGCCAUUGCUGGAGAAGACACCAAGAUUCGGCUAUGGCGGGUUGAGCCCACCGGACUGCAGAAGCAGCUGCUGGAGCCAGAAGUGGUCUUGAGAGGCCACACAGAGAAGAUCUACUCCAUCAAGUUCCACCCUCUGGCCUCCGAUGUCUUGGCCUCCUCCUCCUACGACAAGAGUGUCCGGAUCUGGGACGUGCGCACAGGGAGGCAGGAGCUGGGACUGCAGGGCCACACGGACCAGAUCUUCAGCCUGGCCUGGAGCCCCAAUGGACGCUGCCUGGCAACCGUCAGCAAGGAUGGCAGAGUGCGAGUUUACGAGCCUCGGCAGGCUGCCCAUCCCUUGCAGGAUGGUCCAGGGCCUAAGGGGGGUAGAGGUGCCCGUGUCACCUGGGUCUGUGGCGGCCAACACCUGCUGGUCUCCGGCUUUGACAGCCGCAGCGAACGCCAGCUCUCCUUGCACCAGGCCGAGGCCCUGGCCGCUGGACCUCUGGCCACCAUCGGCCUCGACGUCUCCCCCUCCACCCUCAUCCCUUUCUAUGACGUGGACACCAGCGUGGCCUUCUUCACAGGGAAGGGCGACACCAGGGUCUUUGUCUAUGAGGUGGUCCCGGAGGCCCCCUUCUUCCUGGAGUGCAACAGCUUCCUCUCCUGCGACCCCCACAAGGGCUUUCACUUCCUGCCCAAGACGGCGUGUGAUGUGCGGGAAGUCGAGAUUGCCCGGGCAUUGCGCCUCCGGCAGAGCUCCAUUGAACCGGUGGCCUUCCGGGUCCCCAGGGUCAAGAAAGAAUUCUUCCAGGACGAUCUCUUCCCGGCCACACAGGUGUGGUGGGAACCUGCCCUGCCAGCCACAGCCUGGCUGAAGGGCGCUAACAAGCAGCACCGAAUCACCAGCCUGCAGCCCAAGGACAUGACCCCAGUGAGCCAAGCGCCCAAGGAAACCCCCAAGCGGAAAUACCUGCCUUCCUCCGUCUACCUGGAAGAGAAGUCAGACGAGCAGAAGAAAGAGGAACUGCUCAGUGCCAUGGUGGCCAAGCUGGGGAACCGAGAUGACCCCCUCCCACAGGACUCCUUUGAGGGUGUGGAUGAAGAGGAGUGGGACUAGCUGCAGACGGACGCUGCCUCUCUGCCCGCAGCCCCCUCAGAGCCUGGGAUGGAAGGAAGCGUCCCACUCGGGCUGCAGGCUGCUCCCUGCCGGUUGGCUUCUCCCCACUUGCUGCUUCUGCUCGGGGGGGGGGGCUGCCCUCCUGCUGGAACAGGGACUCGGGCCACCUGUUUACAAUCCCCCAGCGAAGGCCCACAUCCUGAGGACAGCCACGGCUUCCCCCCCAAACGGGGGCCCUCCUUGGCAGGAGACCCCCACUCUCAUCUCAGGCUGUGCAGUGACCCUUCUCGGCUGGCUGCUUUGAAGCUGGUGGGCCAGUCGGCCAGAAGUCUUCCAUGGAGGGUAAACUGCAAGCAUCCUUGGGGCUCAUUCGUGGCCCAAGCGAUUCCAGGCUGGCAUCCUGAAGCUGGAGAGGCUUUUGCUCAGCAGCCUUCUUGGGAGGAAGCUCCUUUCUCCAGCUGAUUCCACCUUGGGUGUAGCCCUAACAUGAACCCUCCUUCUUCCGUU